UGCGGGCGGAAAGAGGGAGGGGGCCGGUCCUCCGCCCUGGCCCGGCCGCAGGGCCACCCGGCCGCAACACAGACGCCAGCCACGGGCCAGGAGCUGGGAGCUGGAGCCAAGCACGGAGGGAUUGGGAGCCAGGCCUGGUUCCCACCAUGAGUGCAGAGCUCAAUGUGCCCAUGGACCCCUCCAACCCUGCCUGCCCCGAGCCCGGCCACAAGGGCAUGGAUUACCGAGACUGGGUCCGACGCAGCUACCUGGAACUGGUCACUUCCAACCACCACUCGGUGCAGGCGCUGUCCUGGAGAAAGCUGUACCUGAGCAGGGCCAAGCUGAAAGCCUCCAGCCGGACCUCCGCCCUCCUCUCCGGCUUUGCCAUGGUAGCCAUGGUGGAGGUGCAGCUGGAGACGCAGUACCAGUACCCGCAGCCCCUGCUCAUCGCCUUCAGCGCCUGCACCACGGUGCUGGUGGCUGUGCACCUGUUCGCUCUGCUCAUCAGCACGUGCAUCCUGCCCAACGUGGAAGCCGUGAGCAACAUCCACAACCUCAACUCCAUCAGCGAGUCCCCACACGAGCGCAUGCACCCUUACAUUGAGCUGGCCUGGGGCUUCUCAACCGUCCUGGGCAUCCUGCUCUUCCUGGCUGAGGUGGUACUGCUCUGCUGGAUCAAGUUCCUCCCAGUGGAUGCCUGGGCCCAGCCGGGCUCCGGUCGGUACACGGGCUGGCAGGCCGCGCUGGUGUCCACCAUCAUCAUGGUACCCGUGGGCCUCAUCUUCGUGGUCUUCACUAUUCACUUCUACCGUUCCCUGGUGCGGCAUAAGACCGAGCGCCACAACCGUGAGAUCGAGGAGUUGCACAAGCUCAAAGUGCAGCUGGAUGGGCACGAGAGAAGCCUACAGGUGGUGUGAGCGAGGCCGGCGCUGUUUGGCACAGCCUACAGGACAGUGACCCUCAGGCGGUGUUAGCCACCGCGCUGCUGGUAGGAGUAGCCAAGGGGCCGCCAGACCAACCCUGGCUUCAUGAGAACCACCACUCCGGCGUCCCCAGAGCCACGGUGUGGAUUGCUAAGCAGACAUCACAGAAGCUGCCCCGCCUGAUGCUUCCACACUCCUCAGAGGAAAAGAGUCUAAAGGAGAGGGAACACCAACCAUUGUAUCCCAGAGGCCAGAGGAAGAAACAUGAUCCCAUGGCCCUGGGGACUUGCUGGAUCAGGGACAAGCUGGAAACACCUUGUCCUGGGAAGGGGUCCCAGCACACCAGAGGUCACGGUAGAGCUCAGACAUCUGGACCUUGUGAUUGGCAGGGCAGGACUGAAUUCCCAAGGCUGGCUGGAGGGCUGGGGCUCCCUCCGUUAGUCGCUUGCCUAGUGUGCAGGAAGCCCUGGGUUUGAUCCUAGCACUGCAUAAACCAGGUGUGAUCAACCCAGUUCUAGGGAGGCGGAGGAAGGAGGAUCAGGAGUUCGAAGUCGUCCUCCGCUACAUAGUGAGUUUGAGGCUACAUGAGACACUGUCAAACACACGCGCGUGCGUGCAUGCCUGUGAAAACACACACACACACACACACACACACACACACACGCACGCACGCACGCACGCGUGCGCACACACACACUCACACACACACACACACAUGCGCGCGCACGCGCACACAAGAAUAGGCUUCCAGAGAGGGCAGAGGUGGACCCAGGGCUGGCAGAAGGGUACCAUGGCUCGUAAUGACACACAGAGAUGUGGUGACUGAUGUACAGUUGUACAGUUCAGCUUGGCCCUCUCCUCCAGCUCUGGAGAGUAUCAUGGGGAUGUUCAGGAUCCUGGGGCACACAGCAGCUCAACAAAGGUAUCAUACUGUUAUUGGAAUCUGGUCCUAGAGAGAUGACCCAGUGUGGGAGGCCUGGCAGGGUUGAGGAGAAAUGUCCUAGAGCCCACCACCACCAGCUCACUGAGGUCAGAGAUGGACACACACACACACACACACACACACACACACACACACACACACACACCAUGCAGCAGGCUCUCCCAUUCAGAGGUGUCCACCUCUUAGCCACAAAAUUGGCCUGAGCCAGCCACCCCUGUGGACUGUGUCAACACCAUCUGGGGCACCAUCUCAGAGACCAGCCAGCUCAGCUCCCUGCUGCCUGUGGCCCCUAGAUGUUGUUGAGAGGAUAACCGGAAGGGACUUCCUGUUUUAGCGUGGUGGUGAGCCCGGCCUGGCCUGUGGCUGGGGCAGGGGCCUAACCUAGGCCGAUAUUCCUCAUGCUAAGCCCCGUCCACUGCAGAGAAGAGGGGACCUCACCACCCUGCCGCUGGUCCCGCAGGGACGCUCAGUGCAGGUCCCUGCGGCCCACGCGUUUGCACAGCUGUGCAUGGGUUUGGCAUUGUCCCGACGGGCAUCUGGCCGACCAGCUGGUGUUUUCAUCCAUACCCUGCAGUACAGCAGCAGCCUGCGUGGGAACUGCGGGGACACCAUGUUUACCCAUUUCUGCAGCGUUACCCAGAGAAGGCGUCCAUCUCUUCCUCUGGAUGUAAAUGGCCACUGGGCUCCUGCAAGUACCACUUCCGUUUCCUACCAGAGCUCGUCUCUGGAGCCUCGAUUUGGUGCUGUGGGAUCCGGGAGGGCCCGUCUGCAGUUUCUGGAAAUGGGUCACACUGUGGAGCGUAAACUUCAACACACGGAGCCCCAGGGAGCCUUGUGGAGAAUCUUCCUUGUGAACUGUGACAUCUUUGGGGAAGUAGGACAUGGUGUCCUGUGAACCAAGAACGUGCCCUCUGUCUUUCAAAGGUGUGUCCUUCAACACCCUUCCUCAAGACAGCUGUCUUGAGACCCCUUGAGGUCUCAGACCUCUGUGCUUUCCUGGCGUCUUUGGGAAGGCCAGCUUAGUUUGAUUUGUUUGUUUUGCUGAAGAACGCUAGAAUCAUGGGUGGGCAAGAUGGCGCAGUGGGUAAAGGCGCUUGCCACCAAGCCUGGAGAUGUGAGUUCAGUCCCCAUCCUCUGACCUACACACAGAAAAGCCUAGUAAGAAAAAUAAUUGAAUAUUAGAAUCACUCUAAGACAGGACAUGUGUCCCAGCACAGAAAAGACAAGAUGGUCUUUUGGAAUGAGCAUCUCCCGCUGCUGGGCACCAUUUGAAACACCGUGUUGAAGGCUGAGGAUGUAGCGCAGUUUGUAGUGUUUGCCUGGCAUACGUGAAGCCCUGGUUUGAUCUCAAACCACAUAAACCAAACAUGGCGGGAUACAUCUGUAAUCCCAGCAUUCAGGAGGUGAAGGCUGGAGGGUCAGGCGUUCAAGACCAGCCUAGACGGGUCAGACUCCAUAUCAAAAAGUUGGGAGGGGGGAGAAAGGGGAGCCUGCAGAUGGCUCAGUGGUUAGGAACACCUACUGCUCUUGCAGAGGACCAGAGUUCAGUUCCCAGCAUGCACAUAGGGCAGCUCACAACUGUCUGUAACUCAAGUUCCAGAGGAUCCAGUGCCCUCUUCUGGCCUCUGCAGGCACCCACAUGGGUACAUAUUCACACAUACAAAAUAAAAAGAGGGGGUUCCUGUUGGACAUUGGGCCUGUUCUUUCCGCCCAUUUUCUGAGACCAUUUGGUGCCUCAGCUCUUGGAAUGCCCGGCACUUAAUGCUCUGUAUAAGUCCUGUAGUUCCUCAGGCUCUCGCAUUUAGUCUUCCCAGUGCCAAAGCAUGGGACAGCCAUCGGUGUGUAAACAGAGGUGACGGCAUGGGACAGGCAUUGGUGUGUGAACAGAGGUGACUGCCCAUGGGGUCCCCAGCGGGCAGGAGUCGCAGGGCCGUCUCGGAGCUUUGUCAGGAGUUGGGGGAUGAGCCCUCACUGUGCAUGGGGUCAGAAGCCAGCAGGGCAGGCUGAGGGCUGGAAGUUGGCUUUCUGGAGGCAUAACCUGAUUUCAAAUCUCGUUCUAACCAGUCACGUGGCUAGAACCACAGUGGGGCCCCUGGGGCCUGCACAGGCUUGCCCUAAUUUCAUCUGUCCAAGAUGCAGUCCUUUCUGGUGCUCAAGGGACCAGAGUCCUCAGACACACCAUGACCCUUCCCAACUCGGCAUACGGUCUCCCCGUACCCUUGACCGCAAAGUCUCCAAGUUCAGGCGUUUCUAGUUAAGAAACUUCAAAGGCAGAACGUGAUUCGUGUCUUCCAGGAAGGUCUACUGAGAACAAACUACAGGAGCCCAGAGGGCUCAAGACUCACUCUGUGUCACUCUAUCUGCAAGACACUGUAGCUAACGCCUGUCCUGUGUGGGGCAGUUGCUCUGGAUUGAACUGAAUAAAUGGAUAAAGCUUUUCAAAA